UUUGGGCCCGCGUAGCGCGUCAAGCAUUUGUUUGCAUUUACAACAGCGAUCAAUAACAAUCUUCUGUCGGUAAAAAAACCAUAUUUAAAGUUUAAUUAGUUUGUUACCGUGAAUUUUGUGGUAAAUUUUUCGAUUGAACGCGAUCGAAAGCGAUUUUUAUAUUUAGAAUAAUAUCGGCAGCGAUUCGAGCGUGCAAAAGCAUCAAAGAUGGGUCGACGAAAGGCAAAGAAUAAGCCACCGCCAAAACGAAAGGCAAUUCAACCACUUGACACACAAUUCAACUGUCCAUUUUGCAAUCACGAAAAAUCCUGCGAAGUAAAAAUGGAUAAAAGUCGAAAUUCGGCGCGAAUACAGUGUCGUGUUUGUUCGGAGGAGUAUCAGACGGAAAUCAAUUUCUUAUCGGAGCCCAUCGAUGUAUACAAUUGUUGGGUUGAUGCUUGUGAAACUGCAAACUAACCGACCGACCAACAUCCAUUCAAAAACGUUCCGCAUUUUCAUUCUUUGACGCGAUUCAUUGCAAAAACAUAUAAACACAGUAGUCCUAAGAAUAAAGAGAGAAAACGAAAAAAAAAUGGCAUUUAAGAAUCAGCUACGCAAAACGAAUUGACACAGAUCAACCUAAACAUUGAUAGAAACGCGAAAAAUGAAAACCAAAUGCGAAUAAUUCAGAUAACUUGAUUUUAUUUUGAUCCUCUUUGAUAUAUCACAAAUAAAUAAAAUAAUCACAAGAA